UCUCUCUCUCAGUUUUCUCACUCUCAGAGAGGGAAAAGACCCCUCUGUGGAGAUGCUGACCCAGUUUAUUUCAACUUAUUAAUACUAGACUAAGUGACGAAACAGGCAGAUGAGCUGGCAUAUAAUGAGACCAUACGUGUUUACAAAGUGUCUAUUUUUGACAUUUGGGGUUUCACCCACCUGCCUACAGAGAAAUGAUCAAAGAUAAUAUUCAACAUCUUGUAUUACUUUGUGUCAGACAUAUUAAUUUGUUCCAAGUCAACACAUUUAUUAAGCAACUACUGUAGUUGUAUGGACAGUAAAGAAAACAGUAAUCAGUGUUUAUUUCACACUUUUUAAAAAAUUGCUUUUUAGGUUUUGGGGUACAUGUGAAGAACAUGCAGGAUUGUUGCAUAGGUACAUACAUGGCAAUGUGGUUUGCUGCCUUCCACCCCAUCACCAUAUCUGGCAUUUCUCCCCAUGUUAUCCCUCCCCAACUCCCCACCCCCCACUGUCCCUCCCCUAGUUCCCCCCAACAGACCUCAGUGUGUGUUAUUUCCCUCCCAGUGUCCAUGUGUUCUCAUUGUUCGACACCCACCUAUGAGUGAGAACAUGUGGUGUUUGAUUUUCUGUUCUUAUAUCAGUUUGCUGAGAAUGAUGGUUUCCAGGUUCAUCCAUGUACCUACAAAGGACAGGAACUCAUCGUGUUUAAUGGCUGCAUAGUACUGUAUGGUGUAUGUGUGCCACAUUUUCCCUGUAGAGUCUAUCAUAGAUGGGCAUUUGGGUUGGUUCCAAGUCUUUGCUAUUGUAAACAGUGCUGCAAUGAACAUUCAUGUGCAUGUGUCCUUAUAAUAGAAUGAUUUAUAAUCCUUUGGAUAUAUACCCAGUAAUGGGAUUGCUGGUUCAAAAGGAAUUUCUAUUUCUAGGUCUGUAAGGAAUCGCCACACUGUCUUCCACAAUGGUUGAACUAAUUUACACUCCCACCAACAGUGUAAAAGUGUUCCUAUUUCUCCACAUCCUCUCCAGCAUCUGUUGUCUCCAGAUUUUUUAAUGAUUGCCAUUCUAACUGGCGUGAGAUGGUAUCUCAAUGUGGUUUUGCUUUGCAUUUCUCUAAUGACCAGUGAUGAUGAGCAUUUUUUCAUGUUUGUUGGCCUCAUAUAUGUCUUCUUUUGUAAAGUGUCUGUUCAUAUCCUUCACCCAAUUUGAAUGGGUAUGUUUGGUUUUUUCUUGUAAAUCUGUUUUAGUUCUUUGUAGAUUCUGGAUAUUAGCCCUUUGUCAGAUGAGUAGAUUGCAAAAUUUUUUUCCCAUUCUGUUGGUUGCCAUUUCACUCUUAUGAUUGUUUCUUUUGCUGUACAGAAGCUCUGGAGUUUAAUUAGGUCACAUUUGUCUGUUUUGGCUUUUGUUGCCAGUGUUUUUGGUGUUUUAGUCAUGAAGUCCUUGCCUACACCUAUGUCCUGAAUGGUUGUGCCUAGAUUUUCUUCUAGAGUUUUUAUGGUGUUAGGUCUUAUGUUUAUGUCUUCAAUUGAUCUGGAAUUAAUUUCAGUGUAAGGUGUCAGGAAGGGGUCCAAUUUCUGCUUUCUGCACAUGGCUAGCCAGUUUUCUCAACACCAUUUAUUAAACAGGGAAUCGUUUCCCCAUUGCUUGUUUUUGUCAGGUUUGUCAAAGAUCAGAUUGUUGUAGAUGUGUGGCAUUGCCUCUGAGGCCUCUGUUCUAUUCCAUUGGUCUAUAUCUCUGUUUUGGUACCAGUACCAAACAGUACUGUUUUGAUUACUAUAGCCUUGUAGUAUAGUUUGGAGUCAGGUAGUGUGAUGCCUCCAGCUUUGUUCUUUUUGCUUAGAAUUGCCUUGGCUAUGUGGGCUCUUUUUUGGUUCCAUAUGAAGUUUAAGGUGGUUUUUUUCAGUUCUGUGAAGAAGGUCAUUCGUAGCUUGAUGGGGAUAGCAUUGAAUCUAUAAAUUACUUUGGGCAGUAUGGCCAUUUUCACAAUAUUGACUCUUCCUAACCAUGAGCAUGGAAUGUUUCUCCAUUUAUUUGUGACCUUUAUUUUGUUGAGCAUUGUUUGUAGUUCUCCUUGAAGAGGUCCUUUACAUUCUUUGUUGGUUGUAUUCCUAGGUAUUUUAUUCUCUUUAUAGCAAUUGUGAAUGGCAGUUCGUUCUUGAUUUGGCUCUCUUUAAGUCUGCUACUGGUGUAUAGGAAUGCUUGUGAUUUCUGCCCAUUGAUUUUUGUAUCCGGAGACUUUAUUGAAGUUGCUUAUCAGUUUCAGGAGAUUUGGGGCUGAGAUGAUGUGGUCUUCUAAAUAUACAAUUAUGUCAUCUGUAAAUAGAGACACUUUGACUUCCUCUUUUCCUAAUUGAAUACCCUUUAUUUCUUUUUCUUGCCUGAUUGCUCUGGCUAGAACUUUCAGUACUAUAUUGAAUAGGAGUGGUGAAAGAGGGCAUCCUUGUCAAGUGCCAGAUAUACUAAAUGGGCAAAAGCUGGAAGCAUUCCCUUUGAAAUAUGGCACUAGAUAGAUUUUACAUCUAUGUUCAUCAUGGAUAUUGGCCUAAAGUUUUAGUUUCUUGUUGAGUCUCUGCUGAGUUUGGUAUCAGGAUGAUGUUGGUCUCAUAAAAUGAUUUGGGAAGGAUUCCCUCUUUUUGUAUUGUUUGGAAUCGUUUCAGAAGGAGUGGUACCAGCUCUUCUUAGUAUGUCAGCACCACAUCACACCUACUCUAAAAUUGACCACUAAAUUGGAAGUAAAUCACUCCUCAGCAAAUGCAAAGAACAGAAAUCAUAACAGUCUCUCAGAUCACUGUACAAUCAAGUUAGAACUCAGAAUUCAGAAUCUAACUCAGAACCACACAACUUCAUGGAAACUGAACAACUGGCUCUUGAAUGUUGACUGGAUAAACAAUGAAAUGAAGGCAGAAAUAACGAUGUUCUUCAAAACCAAUGAGAACAAAGAUGCAACAUACCAGAAUCUCAGGGACACAUUUAAAGCAGCAUCUAAAGGAAAAUAUAUAGCAAUAAAUGCCCACAUGAGAAGCAAGGAAAGAUCUAAAAUCAACACCCUGUCAUCAAAAUGGAAAGAGCUAGAGGAGCAAGAUCAAAAAAACUCGAAAGCUAGCAGAAGACUUGAAAUAACUAAGAUCAGAGUAGAACUGAAGGAUGUAGAGACACAAAAAUUCUUCAAAAAAUUCAAUAAAUCCAGGAGUUGGUUUUUUGAAAAUAUCAACAAAAUAGACCACUAGCCAGUUAAAAAAGGAAAGAUGGAAUAAUCAAAUAGAUGCAAUGAAAAACAAUAAAGGGGAUAUCACCACUGAUUCCACAGAAAUACAAACCACCAUCAGAGAUUACUAAAAACAACUCUAUGCACAUAAACCAGUAAACCUGGAAGAAACAAAUAAAUUCCUGGACGCUUGCAUCCUCCCAAGCCUAAACCAGAAAGAUGUCAAACCCAUGAAUAGACCAAUAACAAAGGCUGAACUUGAAGCAGAAAUUAAUAGCCUACCAACCAAAAAAAAGCCCAGGUCCAGUUGGGUUCACAGCUGAAUUCUACCAGACAUAUUUCAUGCUCUUAAGAGACUUUUAAUCACGGGAGCUUGUAAGACAGGUAAAUACAUUGUCAAAUAUAAGACAGAACAGGAAAUGUGUCUUAAAUAAUGUAGGUAAAAGUGGCAGGGAUCCAGAAGAUUAUAGCUCCUUGGGGGAGAUCUGGGCCUUAAAGGGCAAGUAGUCUUUAGUCCUUGCACAGAUAGGUUCUUGAGGUAAAGGAGGCAAUAGGUGAUGUUUCAGAGAAAGCAACAUUGAUAAACACACACACACACAGACACACACAGCCCCCCGAGUAGCUGGAACUACAGAUAUCCAUUACUAAAGGCCUAAGAUACUGAUGAAAAGCAAGGAAUCACUUGUGGAGAGAUGGAUCACAUGCUUUACUGAGACUCUACAAAUACAGCCUUUAUUGUUUUAAACCAAUACAAAGGAAAAGUUGCCUGAGGGAUGCACUACUACUGUACAUUUUAUUUGUAGCUUAAGUAGUUUAUGUUGGAAUAAAUGCAAUUUUAAAAUACAUUCAUUAAAAUAAUACUAAAAAUAAAAACACACACACACACACACACAAAGUGCUAGCUGUAUUAAGGGAAUACUAAAUCUCUUACUUUAUCUAGAGUUCAGAUUCCUUCAUGCUAUAUUUAGAGCAACAGUGGGAUAAGACUGGAAAGGUAGAUUGAGGGCUUGUUUAAGAGAAACUUAGAAUAUGGAACUGGGUAUUUGUAAUUUAAGAGGAAUUGUUAAUGUAGAGAUGUUCACAUUAGUUCACCAGAGUUAUCGCUAUUCUAGGGAAUAUACACUAACCAAAUGCCCCAAUCUCUCUUCACAUAUAAUUUAUCACUUAUAAUAGCAAAGAAGAGUGAACCAAGAAAACGUAAAACUCUUUAAGUUGCAAACCUUGUCAAUUCAACAGGGUUUACAACACAGGAAAAACCUUAAUCCAUAUAUCAUUUAAUAUAUGGAUGUAACAACAUAUAUGUAAUCAUUCACCUGUUGUUGAAGCUAUGGGUUGUUUCUAAUAUUCUGCCAUUGCAAUAAUAUUAUAGGAACCUUCUUUUGCUACUUUUUUUCACGUUGUUUCUAUAGCCUAGAAUCUUAGAGUUUAAACUGAUAGAUAAAAUAAUUUAAGAUUACUGAUACAUGUUUUUAAAUUAAUUUCCUCAAGUAUUUGUGAAAAUUUACAGAUCUAGUUGGGGUUUUAAAAUUUAGUAGUGUGUAGGUAUUUUAAUUUUUUCACCUAAACUCUUUAUAGGUGCUGUUAAGCUUUUGAUAAGUUUUAUUCCAUGAAAGACUUGUACUGAACAAAACUUAGUCUUAGUGAAAGAACUUUAAUAAGCUUGACUAAACAUUUAGAAAGCACAUUGUGUUCAGAGAAACUUUGUAUAUAAUAAAUAGAAUAAUAAAAGAUUGUAUUGGAUGACUAGUCUGUAGUUUCCUCAAGGAAUGCAUACAAUGAAAAAGUUAUUUUAGUUACUUCCUCAAAAUAGCCAACAUAAUAGGGAAAAUGGAGAAAAUGUACUCUGAACAACAUGGAAAGGGAACCUGAAAAUCUAAAAUGUCAACUUGGAGGAACGACAUUAGAAAACAAAACCAACAAAAGAGAACACUCUCCAGUGAGAUGCAUGAAAGGCAAACAUACACUAGAGUUGGAAUUUUUCUAAGUCUAUGCAGAAAUAAGUAGCAUAUUUGACCUUCACCAUGAUCAUCAAGCACUUCUUUGAAAUUUUGUUGGUGCUGCUGGCCUCUAUCACUAUCUUCUCUCUAGAUCUGAAACUGGUUCUUUUACAGCAAAGAAGAGUGAACCAAGAAAGCUUAAAACUCUUUAAGUUGCAAACCUCAUCAAUUCAGCAGUGUCUACAACACAGGAAAAACUUUAUGCUUCCUCAGAAGUCUAUGAGUUCUCAACAGCACUGAAAAGGAUAUACUCUGGCCAUUCUCCAUGAGAUGCUUCAGCAAAUCUUCAGCAUUUUCAGGGCUGAUAUUUCUCUGGAUGGCUGGGAGGAAAACCACAUGGAGAAAUUCCUUAUUCAACUUCAUCAACAUCUGGAAUACCUAGAAGCACUCAUGGGACUGGAAGCAGAGAAGCUAAGUGGUACUUUGGGUAGUGAUAACCUUAGAUUACAAGUUAAAAUGUACUUCCAAAGAAUCCAUGAUUACCUGGAAAACCAGGACUACAGCAGCUGUGCCUGGGCCAUUGUCCGAGUAGAAAUCAACCGAUGUCUAUUCUUUGUGUUCAGUCUCACAAGAAAGCUGAGCAAUCAAGGAAGACCCUUGAAAGACAUGGAACAAAAGCUUACCACAGAGUCUAGAAGCCCAGGGUAGGUGGAGGGGCUAGAGGACUUCUCCAGACAUUAUUAUUUCUGUUUGUCAUAGAGUGGUAAUACAAUUUAUAAUACAACAUAUUGUUUUGAUUUGAAUAUGUUUAUAUAUCUGUGUUUUAAGAUUCUGCAUACUGACCACAGUUGUUUUUAUAUUUUGUAUAAUGUGGGUUUAUAUUUUCUAUCCAUUUUAAAUUGUUUAUAAGUCAAAAUAAAUUCAUUAAUAUGGUUGGUUCUUCAAA